GUAUUGAGUUCUACAGGUGUUGUUGACAGAUUAACUUGAAGAUGGAGGCUGACAUCUUUGAGUAUCACAAAGAGGAGUGCAGUGUGGACACCGAGUCUUUCCAGGGAGAGAGGAGGAAGCUCAUUCAGCCGACAUCUUUAAAAGACCCCAAACUUGAAAAGCUAAAAGAGGCAUUAGUUGAUUGGAUCAAUGGGACUUUGAAACCGGAGCACAUAGUGGUUCAGAGUCUGGAGGAGGAUCUGUACGAUGGAUUGGUGCUUCAUCAUCUGCUGUCCAGAUUGGCCAACGUACAUUUGCCUGUGGAGGACAUAGCACUGACCAUUGCUGCUCAGACACACAAGCUGGAAAUAGUUCUGGAGGAGUUGGACAAGAGACUGGGCCUGCAGGACAGCAGCCAGAUCAAAUGGAACACCAAGCUCAUCCACAACAAAGACCUUCUAGCUACUGUUCAUUUGCUGGUUGCCAUGGCGAGACGUUUCCAGCGUGAAUUGGAUUUGCCGUCAAAUGUGAAGGUUGAAGUUGUAACAGUGGAGGUCAGUAGCAGUGGAAUCAAAUCCACCGUGCAGACAGAGGUCCUAACAGAGGAUAACAAUACAGGCUCAGACUCCUCCAGCAGUACUGAAAGGGAAGAUCCCAUUGAGCAGCUGCUGAAGCUUGAGGCUCACAAGGUCAACACAGUAAAGAAGGCCAUUUUACACUUUGUCAACCAGAAUAUGUCAACCGUGGGUCUGCAGGUGACUGAUAUGGACAAACAGUUUGCGGACGGUGUCAUCCUGCUGCUGUUGAUCGGACAAUUGGAAGGCUUCUUCAUCCCGCUCUGUGAAUUCAGCUUGACCCCUGUCAAUCACUCUGAGAUGCUUCACAAUGUGACCUUGGCCCUGGACCUCCUGAAUGAUGUAGGCCUACAUUUGUCCAGUGUGAACCCACAAGGUGAGCUCUUCUUACUAAUACUAAUACUAAUACUGCAGAUGUGUACUCACAUUAAAACACCAGGCACACACCAUGGUAAAACAACAGCAGAAGUCAGUCUGCACUGAAAUUAUUUUAAAUGUAAACCAGUGGAGCUCCAAGAAGGCAAUGUCAAACUAAUUCAGAUGACGUCCUCCAUGAAGCACAUUUAUCAGAAUGACAGGGAAGUGCCAGAAUUUGUUUGUUUGAGCAGCAUCGCUGCAGUAGCUUGACUUCAUCUCAGCUGUUCCAUGCUCUGACUGUGUCUUGGAGGAAAAAGGUGUAAUUGCUUGCAGAAUAUAAAUGAGCACAAGUCAUGACAUGAUGUGUAUCAUUGUGGAUGAUUGGCUCCAUUUGAGGUCAUCAUUUUUCAUUUAGAGAGGAACAUGGUGUCAAGGGGACAAUGUCCACUGAUAGAAACGGGGAUUCACCACUACAGCUAGAUCCUGCAUGUUGUUACUCUGU